CUUCUUUUACCUUUCAAGCGUGCGGACGUGCGUCGUGUUCCCGUUUCCACGCUCUAAGUUCGUUUCGGUAGUCUAGCGCAGUAGGCGACGAUUUUUCGUUUUUCGCAGGUUUUAAGAAACGGGAACCUGCUUUCAGUGUUGUAGAUGACAGAAAAAAACACAAAACCAUAACUGUAGGGUGAAUUAGAUUAGUCGUGUAGUUAACGCGCGCGCACCGCCAGUAUCCGAAAUAUAUUCUCCAACGCUGAUUUCUAUUCGCGCGCUUUUCUUGUGGCAAGGGAGCACACCGGGCCACACGUGGUAGAAAAGCUGUCCGGCACUCGAGGAUCCAAUACCAAACAACAACUCGUACGCGGUACUCGGUCGAGGAAGUGUUUAAGCGCUGUGAUUUCGGUAACCAAGGUGUUUGUGGGAUAAAAAUACAAAAGAUAGCACCGCUCGAUGCUGCGAGUCCUGCCCUGAAACGUGAAGGAUACGCUUCAUUCAACGUAGCAAUCGGCGAUUGGUAGUGACACCACACAUUUUGACGAAACUGUGCCAAGAAAAAGGUGUCCACAAAACUUAUACCCUAAUGUGACCUUUUUUAAUCCGGAAAAAAAGUAAAGCAUAGUGCCCGCGUAUCGUGCUUGUGUGUAGUUCUGCCAGGAUCGCGAUCAUAUUUCAACGUACCGCAACGUUCCUUGCCAGUAGUCUUGAUCGAACGGGAGCAAUAACAAAAAAUAUCAUCAAUUGCGCCCUGUUACUGUGCAUUAUCGAACCCGGUGUGCCUAACAGCAACAACAGCAGCAGCAAAAAAAAACCCAACCAGAAUUCUGAGCCUCCCGAUACCCCCUCCAAUUGACGCACCUAUCGGCAGGACACGACGUCAUGGCAGCUGUGUAAAACCAUCCCCACAACAGUCGAAACCAUCUUUACCGGUCAGAGGUGUGUUUGUGGCGGAUUGCUGGCACAAAGUUCUUACCGGGUGUGUGCGGUUGUCGUGUGUCGUCGCUUGUGCGUGAUUAAGCGUGCGUGUGUGGUUGAGCAUUGGUGUAGAAAAGAUGUUAUGCGUAUCGUGAAAAUCGCCACCACCUGGAAAGUCCAGUCUUUGAGAGUUUCUUCCCCGGUACACAACUGCUUAUGGUGAUAUUGUGAUUGUGAUAUCGUGCGUGCGUGCUGUGUCAUUUGUUGGCAACAUCAACAAGCAUCGUUAGUGUCUCGAAAGUCCCGAAAAAAAAUGCAAGCUUCAAUCGAUCUACGCAACUAAAAGUGCAAUUAGUGUGUAAUGGAAAGAAGAAAAAAAUAUAGCAAAGCCUACUAACGCGCCUCGCUAAUCGCCGCUGCUUUGAGAUCGUGUCGUCUAGGUGACGAACGGUUUGAUCCGUUUGAUUCGAAGUGCGUAAUUGAGUGCUUGCCGGUCAGUGUGUGCAUAAAGUUCCGUGUUAACAAGACACCCUGCAACAGAAAAAAAACGACGCAAGAUCUCGGUGGUCAUCGAGGAGAACAAGAUUUGCCACAUACGAAUUUGAACAGGCGAAGAAAAACAACCCAGCAUCUAGCGGAAGAUAUAAAUUCAACUCAUGCAUGAUCGAUGCCCUUGAUAUUUUCUUGAUCCACCGGAACUAUCACAGAACGACAGACCUAAUGACUAUGGCGGAUGGCGGUUAUGACCCAAUGGGGCACAUCCAAACGGGUCGUCCGCACGCGUAUUACCUGUACCAGGCGGCCGCUGCCCUGGAACAGCAACACCAGCAGCACCAGCAGCAGCAGGAGCAGCCACACCAACAGCAGCUCCAGGAGCAAUCGAGCGAGGAGCAGAUUGCGCUCCCUCGCUCCCGUCCAGCCUCAGACGAUGGGCAUGAAAACAACAACAAUCUGCCGGCCGCAGCCAACAACAACCUGUUCCGUUCGGAGCAGAAGAAACACAAGCGGAAACGACUGUCGGCAGUGUUGGACAAGCUGCACAACGGUAGCGGUACGGUGGUGAAUCACAACAAUAACAACGUCGGAGAGGCGCAAAAUUUCAAGAUCAAGUGUACCGACUCGCGCUCCAGUGCCGAAGACUCUGCCGAAGAUGUGUUCCCUUAUUCCGCCAGUCCUCGCAUCAGCAUUAGCCCGCUGCGGUUAAGCGAAGUGGAUGAGAAUAAUCCGCUUCAGCAGAGGACGGCUCACCAGCAGCAAGCACUACCUCAGGACCAACAGCUGCCAUCACCCUCGCAAUUUUCUCGCCAAACCAAGCUAGAGUCUCCACAGCAACCGAUGGCACCGUUGCAACCAUCACAGAUCAAGCACGAAGGCCAGCAGUACCUGUACAAGCAGCUCGAGUACUUCAACCCGCUCGCCUUCUUCAACUAUCUCCCCGAACCGACCAAGCUGCUCUACCAGGAGUUUGCCCGUCAGCGCAACCAUUCCAAUUCAUUUCUGCAGCUCCAGCAACUCCAGCAACAAGAUCAGCAGCAGCAGCAGCAGCAGCAGCAGCCUUUAGCAAAACCUCCCAAGAAAAAGAAAUCCAGCCAUUCAGGGCGAGCAUCGCAGCGUCCUCCAACGACCAGCAGCCGCAGCAGUAACGCCAGUAGCAGCAGCGGUCACCAUGACCCGCAGGAACAGCCGCUUGAUUUGUCGAUGAAGUCGUCAUCACUGCUCGAAUCGUCUAGUCUGUUCGUCUCCCCUGUGAUCAAGAAAGAGCCAAGCCUGGCCGACAGCCCCCCACCGGACUCACCUUUGACGCCGGCUCCGAUCGGUCCCUCGAAGCUGGUCGUGAAACGGGAAGAUCUUCCGGACAUACGACGGUCGCCCGCUUUCGAGCAACUCAACGGCCACGCACCGGCUGGCUUCAAUUUGAACGUUUCGCCCGUUGUGGAGGAGAUGCCACCUGGCUCGGACGUCGCCUACAUGUGUCCCGUGUGUGGUCAGCUAUUUUCGCUCCAAGAUCGGUUAGCGAAGCAUAUGGCUUCGCGGCACAAGAGUCGUACCGGUGCGACCGACAUCACCAAAUCCUACAUGUGCGAGGUUUGCCAGCGUUCGUUCGCUCGUUCGGAUAUGCUGACACGUCAUAUGCGUCUGCAUACGGGCGUCAAACCGUACUCCUGUAAGGUGUGUGGCCAGAUUUUUUCCCGCUCCGAUCAUCUAUCAACGCAUCAGCGAACGCACACCGGCGAAAAACCUUACAAGUGUCCACAAUGCCCGUACGCCGCUUGUCGUCGUGACAUGAUCACCCGCCAUAUGCGUACCCACACACGCUACGAAUCGCAACGCGGCGGUAGCAAUGGAGGAGGCUCGAGUGGCGGCAGCACUAGCCCGUCGAUGGAUCAGAAACCAAUUCUGCUACCGUUGGUGGGUCUGGGCACUGGCCGCGCCAUCAAGCAAGAGGCCGGGUUCGGAGGCGUCGGCGGUGGCUUCGUUCUACAAGCAAAGACUGAAUCGUGAGGUUGCAGGCGAAUCUUCAAGGCUCACCUUGAGUGACUUGGUGGUGUAGUUCCAACGGUAGACGGUAGUUCCUCGUGAAUGUGUGUGCAGAUCAUGAUUUCAUAAUAUCGUUCGCUUACAAUGUUUGUGUUGGUGUUGAUCUUAUCAACAUCAGGGAUGCUUAGCUACAGCGGCAGAUGCCACGCUUAGGCAAUUUUAAGAUGUUGUUAGAUUCUCAAUGGUUGUGACUGAUUGUCUCCAAAGCCUGGAACAGUAGAUCAGCAGUUACGGUUCUGUUACAUCUCUUGCAUCGUUUUUAUCACCCCAAACGUGGGUCAUCAUUCCUUCCUUAAGAAUCGUUCGUUAUGAGUAAAUAUAGUACGAGUGCGUGCGCGUUUGUGUGUGCUAGUCUAGAAUGUAGAGAUUUCAAACUACGGCUCAAUAUGAUUUCAUCACGCUCUUUGCGGAGCAUCAUUCCUUGGAAAGGUCACAACGAAAGGUAGUUUAGUCAAGAGAGGUUUCAUCCGGUUUCGUUCAUUAGUUAGUGUUGAAUCAAAAACAAAAGAACCAGAAAUAACUUUCUCGUCAAAGAUACUUCAAAAUCCAAUGACUGUGCAACAGCACACCGAACAAGACAUAGAGCAAUGAAACGAACAAACUGUACGCCUUAAGAAAGCAUGACAACCCGUGUGCCUUAUUCAAUAUGGGAACUACAUAGAAGCCUGUAGACGUAGCCGAGUUGAAUAGGUAACUCCAACACCACACAAGUAGUCCAUUUAGAACGGAAAUGUAUUCCCACAGUAAUGAAGUUCACGUGCACAGAAAGGAUGAUCGCUGACAGCUGUCUGCACCGGUUGUAAAAGAAAGGACAAUGUGAAGGAUCUUUCGAUGUGCUGCAAAAUUAAGCGAGUAUUAGCUCUUUACCCAAGUAACCGACAUAGACGUACAAACACUGCACCGCCUUGAUAGUGUCGAUGGAUAUAUGGGACCAUGCCUUACCCCCCCACACACAGACAUAGCGCAAAAGGUAGACAUUAGAACCGAAUAAUGGUCACCCACUGGGGCGUUUUAACAGCAGCAACUACACCUACCCCUAUCGUCAUCCCUCACCUACCUUAGUGUUCCUUCAGUAAAGUCUGUUUCACCCUUUUUUAAGGUCAUUAUGGCCGCGCUUUCUGCAGACAUGGUAAAAUUGGACUUCAAAACUACCGCAUGAUCUUAAUUUAAAUUUUCAAUCAUGCAAAUUGAAUAUUAAACCCGGCAGGCAGUGUGUCCGCCCAUGCUAGCGUCUUAUCGCCGUGCUCGUGCAAUUUCUUAAGCGCAAAUUCUUCCAGUACCAGUACUGCAAUAUGGAUUUCCGCUUUUCGGUCCGCCCUGUUGUUUUUCUUUCAAACGGCGACGACCUUCGUGCCUACGUCCGGUUGCAAUUUUCAUUUUCCACCCGCAAAACAAUACGGAAGAAAAACAUUCACCGUCCGUGCCCAUCCGGCCCACCACAGCCGGACGGAAUUGUCGACCUAAUGGACAUAAUUAGUACCGAGUUUUCACCAAGAAUGGCGGGAAGUUUUCAUUCAAAGCGCCAGGAAGUAGGCCCACGCGAACACAGCAAUCCCGGACAAGUUUGUCGGUUGCAAGUUACUGGUAUGAUGGGCCUGGCAAGCAAUCGUGCCCGCUAAUGAGGUCGUUUGAAUGUAGGUGGAUCAUGCAACACGAACGGAAUGCUCAGAAAUGUGUUUUCCUUUAACGUGGCUCACCGUUCCCAGAAUGGAAAUACAAUCUCAAUAUCCGAUCUCCGUAGAGUGUUUGUUGGAAGGAUUCGCCAUCAAAACUUGUAAUCCCUCAAGGUCGGCUUCGAUGGAAAAUGGGAGACAACCCACCUUAACCACACGACGUAACCAGACCCGCUGCAAGUUAAGGUUUGCCACGGCCAAUAGCAAAUGCAUGUAUGUGUAUUUGCGUGAGUGAGUGUGUGUGCUGGAGAAAGAGAGAGAGAGAGAGAGAGAGAGAGAGAGAGAGAGAGAGAGAGCAAGAAAGAUAUAGUGCAGCUAACUACUAACAGCCGCAAUCUGCAUUGCACCACCCAACCCGGUUGCAGUAUAAAUUUGGCGUGAGGUUAUGCCCAUCCCGAUGAGGCAGGGUGAAACAAUUUCAUUUCCCCUCCCUUUUUUUUGCUUUUCCAGCAUGUGUGUGUGUGUGUGUGUGUGUGUGUGAGUGCUCUAAAUAAUGGUUCGCCACCACCAUCACCGCCCCAACAGUAUUGAAAGCAAACACGAACGGAUGGCGGCACAGGCAUGCAACGUGGCAUGUACACACUGGCUGCCACCGUAAUGUGAUACAGCAUACAGGAACGCUAUGCAUUAUCCUUUUACUUUAGUUUCCCUCCCCUAAUCUACUCCACCACCACCACAGAUUUCACGCCCGGUUGAGGGUGGACAGUUAAACCAGUAAGGCUCAACUAUCAAGGGAAAAAGUGUAAAGGACACACACGCUCUCGCACCGCACUGCCUGUUGAAAGGAAACUUUUGCAGCAAGCGAAAGGAUAUGCUCACUGAAAGGAUGUGUCUGUAGGCCGGUCAGAGACGAGCAGCGACCCCGGUAUGAAUGAAACUAAACCCCCCCCCCCCCUCCCUUUUGCUGCAAGCGACCCAACCGAUGCUUGGACUUGGUCACAAAAAGCGAGUGAAUUAUGACUUGCCACGCAAAAAGCUUACAGCCAGUGAGCGGGAGAUAUGACUCUCGGUCUGGAGGUCCCCGGGUCCAACGUACCAAAGUGCAUUAUGACGACGCCAACCUCCAGGGGUGACGGGCCAGAGUUUUUGUCCGGGUCCCAUCGUCCCGGAAGUACGGCGAUCAGCGAUUCUGCCCAUUCGCACAGUGCACAUCGGUUGCUCCUGCAUCACCAGGGCCAGUGGCUGGUGAGGUCGAACAUGAUCCGCGAAACUCGCCAGAUCUGACUUUUGUGAUAGUGUGGCAACCUUUUUUGGCCCCAAACGUCGCGCUCAGUUCGUCCUAUGUAUGAGUGUGUGUGUGUAUGUGUGUUUCGUUAAAAGUCAGCAUGCUUUUAUUCCCUCGGUGCACAUUUGAUGGAAGGAAACACAAAAGGAAGCUGGUCAGAACGAGGAGUCCACGCGCCCGGUACGGUUCCAUGUGGAGGUGAAUAAAUGUUCUAACUUUUUCCCGUAAUUACUUCGGGAUUCGGGCUUUCGAACGGUUGCCAACGAUGCGCCGUCCAGUCCAACGGCAACGCCGGGACGACAAGUGCUGGGCCGUUGCCAGGACAGCGUUUCCUAUGCGUUCGCGUUCAGAAAGCUAGCCGGAUGCCGGUAAGGAAAUUGCAUUUUUGGCGUCGCCCCAUCCAGGAGCGCUUAGGAUGGUUCAAGAUUGGGGAGGUUCGUGAUUGUUUUGGGGAAUGAUUUGCGACCGCCGAGCGCACUAAACCGUUUAUUGUACGCUUUUGUCCGCAGCGCUCGAGAUCCUGGGGUGCGUUUACCAGCAGCGAAUGGCCCCCGUAUCACCGAAAGUGCUUGUGUUUGGCUCUCUGCUGCGCGAUGCUUUUCGAAAGCCUUUUCAACGCAGCGUUUGCAACGACAAAGCAUAAUUGAGCGCCCAGUUUUUCCCCCUCCGAGACGAUGUGUCAACGUGUCAGCACUUUUUUAAUGGACGCGCUGGCAUGCCAGGUUUUUCCUUUCAUCUGAAAAUGUCGGAAAACCGGCAUAUCGUGUCGGUAUGGGAGUGUGUGUGUGUGUAUGUCACAUCUAAAAGGAUCUAGCUGUGUGACGAUUCCCGGUGCCCCAGCUGCAGAAGCCAAUGCGCCAAUUAUUUACCAAUCUGCUUUAGAAGCCCGCCCCACCAUUUAGCCAGCGCUGAUCAUCCAUUUUAUAACCCAUUUCCGGUUACUGUUGGGAGCCUGUUCGUCCAGACCGCAGAUCGCUAAUGAUACGCUCGGCCGAUAAUCGACUGAUUAUGUUCCCGUUGAUUCGUUGCGUGGAACCACGGCACCGGUGUUUUCGUCUGCCGGCUGACAUCUAGCUGCCCGAGGCCAAAGUACUAUUUAUGCACAACGCUAGACCGUUCGGUUUCUGCAUGCGUCGCCUUGGAAUGGUAUCGCUUCGGGGACUCGGAGUAACAUCGAUACUCUCUCUCUCGCGCGCCUCGCGGAACAUGAUUCAGGUGGGUCCGUUUGGCGUUUUGGAAUUGGUCUAGUUUCUCGGCGACCACUUCUGGUCCCACUUUGCCAUCUGAAGAUGACGAAGCAAAGAACGAUUCCCCGGAACGCUGGAUACCUGGUUACGAAAAGGUAGCCAGCGCGAAGGAAUUGCGCCGAUCGUGUUUACAUUUCAGCUGUCUCCCACGGCCUGCUCGGUGCGAAUGAUUUAUUGCCCAACCUUCGAUGAGGAACCACCACUUGACCGGUUGCGCCACUUCUGACACAUCGGCUCGACAUGCCGGCCGGAUGCGUACUUCUUAGCGUCUAGGGUCUGGGAAACAUGAUCAGCAGGGGCAGGUUCGUACUGCUGCUGAUUCCCGUCCCGUCGUUAGCGCAUAGGCGCUAUUUCCUGCGUGACGGCGGGGGCUAAAGGAAGCGAAAUUCACCAUGAGUCCGCUCACAGUCCCAACACAUCAUGGGGUCAAUCACGAUAGUUGACGUCGAUACGCAUCGAUAGUUGAUCGGUUAAUGGAGCACCGAACGCUUUUCUUUUGGAGGAUAGUUCGCCAAAAAGACACUUUAAGAAUCGAAGAAAAGUGCUUCGAAAAAUCAGUGCUAGGCAAACCUUUAAGCAGCUCGAUUCUAGCCGAACCAAAGACCGGAAGCCGUUCGUUCUCAUGCGCUUGGCAUGCAUCCAAAGUGUACAACUUUCGCUCAACGUAUGCUAUUAUUCCCUCACGAAACUUUUCAAUUCAUCAUGAAGCCAUGGUGCAAAACACGCUUCCCUUUCGCGCCAAUCUCUCUCUCCGACUCCACGAACCUCCCGUUGAGUUUGCUGCUGUUAGAUAGCCAGGAUGAUCGUGAACUGUGUAGCACUGGGAACACUUUUACAGCAGCACAAAUUGAAUUUUUGCCGACACCUACAGCCAUUCUCUCCAUGACGAAGAAUACACAACAACAAAAAACACAAACGGUGCAACACAAUCGUGAACGAUUCUAACUAUAAAUGUGCCAAAUUUACAGCUAGUGAAAAGGAAAUUUAAAACACAAGAGAUGCUAGAUGAAGAAACCUCCACGGUGCAGAACUCGUACAACUCCUAGAAAAAAAAAACACAGUGGUAGACUGUGCUGACACAAGAGCGAGAGAUCGAAAGAGUGGGAUGUAAACACUAAUGCAUCCUUUAAGAGGAAAGUUAUUUUAAAAGUUCAUCAAAGAUGAUUCAUGUUUGCGCAUAUAACAAGCUGAAACGAAAUCGAAGCAAUCGUAUCACAACCCGUUUUAAAACAAGCCAUCCGACGAGAGUAGCUCGUGUAAAUAGAAAUUUUACAAUAGUCAAACCACAUGAAAGACAACGAAGGUAUAUCCUUACUAAGCUUUGUGAAUGAAUGAUCAACCCCUAACGCACGAUGGGAAGACACACUCACACAGCCAACCCAACACUCUCACAAACGCCUGAACGAAUGAAAAACAGAAGAAACAAAAAACAACAAGAGAUCUCAGAUGUAAGAAAUUUGCGAAUAGAGCACACAAAGGCUAGAUAAACUAAAAAUUAGAAAACUUAAUAACGCCAAACCGAUAACCGGACCGGCUUGGCUUACAACGCGUACUGCUGUAGCAAAACAAUACAGUGAGGAACAGUGCAAGAUCGUGCAUCACUCCUCCUCCUCACCAGGGCAUUUAUUAGCUGUUUAAGGGCGCGAUGUUCGAAACACUAGCUGCUAUUUUAUUACUGUGAGUUUUAAGCGUUUCCUGCGUUUGGUUCGUACACAUUUAGGCUUAGACACUAUUUCUUCUUUCUUUUAUCUCUGCAUCUCCUUUAUCGCCGAAUGAUGCCACAUCAUCAUGACACAUUUGUUUCGAAACGUUUCGAAACAUUUUCCACAGCAGUACACAUGUACAUGCGUAAUUUAUUUUAACGUAUCGUUUGUUAGGAUUCCCUACAUUUUAAGGCUUUAGAUUAAGUUUAACUUAUUUUGCUACCCACUUGGCGGACGGAUUUCAAUGUACAUAGUAGGAGGGUGCCUGUAAAAAAUGCGCGCUACACGCUUGGCAGAACAGAACGGUGCUCUCGAUCGCGGACACUCGCAGAAAGUUGUGUUUCACUUGUUUAGCUGUUUAGCUGUGCGUUUGAAUCGUGUGAAACUGAAUCUUGCCUCGCUUGAUCGAGGAUGCGUUGGGACGCCCCAAACCGUUGCACACAGCAAUAUGACGGCAAAUCUCGAUUAUUAGCAUAACUUAUGACGCCUGUUACGUACCUUAAAGAUUUAUAUUUGAAAAUUGGAAAACAAAAAGAGAAACGCGGAAAACACCACAGCCAUUGUUGCAUGCGACAAUUUCAAAUGUACAUGCAACUGCAACUCCAUUCCGGUACGGCAGCUGUUUCGUAACCCUUCGAAAGGCCCAACCGAUCAAUACUGUGUCAACUCGUGCAUUCAAAUGCUUCAUCGAUUCUCAAUCGUGCUCGUAUGAUUAGGCUAUGUUUAAACCUUUCGAACAUUACUUUGUUUUGUUGGCUAAAUCUUCUCAAUCAACCCCCUUUUUCCUAGUUCUUUAAAAUCUAGCUUCUAGUUAGCUCUUACGAAUCUAUUUAUUGCUUACUCUACUCGUUCUUCUUUCCUCUAAUUUUCACCUUCUAUAAGACACGGCAUGCAGCUGUUCUGCAGCUCAAUGUCCUCUAUUUAUUUAUUUAACUUGUAUGUGUAUUGUUCCAAAUUUACAUGACGUUCCAAAGGCAACAAAACGCCCAACUCCUACUCACAUAGUGUGUGCGUGCGUGUGUGUUUUUUUCUUCUUCUCUAGAGUUGAUUUGUUUGUUUCCUUUACGUUUUUUAAGUGUUCUUACUUCUUAAGUCUCUGAAGAGAGCGUUCCUUUUGCAUGCAAUUCUACGUCUUAAAUCGUAAAUCGUUUGUUUAUUCCUACUGUUACUUCCCAAUUUCCUUGGGUUGCCAUUUAACCCCCGCGCAGAUCAGGCUGCGAAGCGAAGAUACUAUAUUUGCGUCCAGUAUAGCACAAAAGAAACACACACAGUUGUACGUUGUUGUUGAGGGCUUAAAAAUCGUUGCCCAAGCACCACAGUUAAAACCACGUUGCCUGUUUGUUUUGUUAAAGUUUGCGUUUUUUUAGUCAAAAAAUGGGCGUUCGUUUCAAAAGACCGUCACCGAUGAAAGCAAAACGAAACGGUGAAGAAAAUUUGUUGUGAAAAUGCAUAGGAAUGGAUGCUCGGUGGAUUUCAAGGCGUGUACUGCCUCAAUUACAAAGAAAUGAGGCAAUAAAAUAUUAUCACUGUAUGUAGCGAAAGCGGAAGGAAGCCAAUUUACACAAAAAACAACACACUUAUUAAUUUAUAACACGAUUGCGUAAAUGAUGCUGUAAAUUCUUGCCCCCUCCCCGUAGGAUAAGGAGCACGUCGUCGUUGAAGGAGGUUUAAUUGUGUCGGUUUAAGUUUUACGCUCUUUACUUAUUUAUUAUUAAGUUGAAGUUUAUGCGAACUACUACUAUUACUGACGUGCGUUAGGUAAGCGGAUGAUUUCUCAGCUAGGAAGCGUUAAGCGAUAGGACGUAAGCAGUUAACGUAGGCAGUGAAGCGAGCAAAGAGUGAGGCAAAGGACGACGACUCUACGUGUGGAAGCGACCGUUUAAAAGACAAUGAUUUUCGUUAUGCUGCAGUACAAAAUUUUUAGAAAAUUAUGUUUUUUAUUUGUCUUGAUUUUGUCGAAUGAAAUAAAUGGUUUUUUUGUCAGAAAA